AAAAGACCUUGUUUCUCUCUCUCUCAAUAUGAAAUUUGGUCAAGAGCUACAAGAAAACAUUUAUGAACCUUGGAGAUUCGAAUAUGUCGCUUACGAUGUGAUAAAAAAAGAUAUGAAAAACCGACAAUUAUCUCACGACUGGACUGAUCAAGAUGAAAAGGAUUUUGAAGCUGUUUUACGACUAGAAGCUGAUAAAGUUGAUCUUUUCAUUACUCGCAAACAAAGAGAAAUCGAUUCACGUAUUGCUUAUUGUGAUCGUAUUUUAGUUCAACAACGUCCCAGUAUGACUCUUGCUACUCAACACUCUUUAUACGAAUCCAUGGACGAUUCUCUGACGGACAUUCUUACUGAUUUGAACGACUUGGCUAAAUUCACUAGAUACAACUUUUUAGCGUUUCAAAAACUUAUCAAGAAACAUGAUAAAUAUACUCAUAUAGACCGUCAAGCUUUACUAGUGGAUAUUGUCAGAAAUAAAUCUUUGGAUAGACAACGUUUUGAUGUCGCUUUGGUCAAAAUUUCUACUCUACAUGAUCUCUGUCGUCUUCAUGGUGAAUCAAGAACUGGUAAUGCUGCUGCUGGUUUGGAUCAAAAUGCUUUUGAACGUGCUACUGCAAAAUACUGGGUUCAUCCGGAUAAUGUCACUGAACUCAAAGCCAUUUUACUCUUUCAUCUUCCUGUCUUGGUCUUCAACCCCAACAAACCUAUUGAACCAGAAGAUAGUGCCAUCUCAAGUGUAUAUUUUGACAACAGCGAUUUUGAUCUUUAUGGUGGUCGUUUACAACGUGAUGAAGGUGCUGAAGCUAUUCGUUUGCGAUGGUAUGGUCCCAUGUCUUCUAAUAGUAUCUUUAUUGAACGUAAGACUCAUCAUGCUCCUUGGUUAGAUGGUGCUUCUGUCAAGGAUCGUUUCCGAUUGGAUGAAUCUCAAGUCAAUGAUUUUUUGCAAGGACGUUACACUGCUGAUCAAGUGGCUCACGAUAUGGCAACAAAACAAGGUAUGGCUCAAGAUGUGGUGGAAGCAAAUCAUUUUAUUGCUUCUGGUAUUCAACGAUCUGUAGCUGAAAAACAAUUGAAUCCAGUGAUGCGUGUCUUCUACAAUCGUACUGCUUUCCAAGUGCCUGGUGAUCAACGAUUACGUCUGUCUCUGGAUACCGAUUUGACUUUUAUUCGAGAAGAUGGAAAUAGACGAAAGAACAACAACUGGCGACGACAAGAUGUGGGUGUAGAUUAUCCUUUUGAUUAUUUACCCGAUAAUGAAAUCUACCGCUUCCCUUAUGCUGUAUUGGAAACCAAAUUACAAACUCACUUGGGUCAAGAACCACCUGAAUGGCUUACUCGAUUAUUGGAUUCAAAAUUGGUCUAUGAAGUUCCUAGAUUUUCCAAAUAUUUACAAGGUGCUGCUCAUUUUUGGUCUCCUCAAUUACCUCUACUUCCUUGGUGGUUAAAUGAUUUGGAACAAUUGGAUAUUCGAAACGCAAAACAAGUAUCUGGCAAUUUUACUGGUUUAUCUAGAUCAAAGAGUUUGAAACCUUUGAUUGAUGGACGCUAUCGUUUGGGUUAUUUGGAAUCUCAAUUAGAAAAACGGGCAACAUUGACAAGAAAGGAAAGUCAGGCAGCCAAGGCAAAACGUGCAGCUUCUUUACAACGACAAAACAACAAGAUACCAUUACCAACAACCAACGAAAGUAGUGAAUACAAAGCCACCGUCAUCAGUCCUCCUGUUAAUAGUUCGACCGAUCCUUUUGCUGAUCCUAUUUGGCGCUUAGAUACUACAUCAUCAAAUGAAAAUAUGCAACAAUACCAUCAACAACAACAUUAUACAGCUGCACGACAACGAGUGGGAAUAUAUGAUUAUGUGGAUGGAUCUUCAACAGAAUACCUUAUGGGCAAAACUCCACGAUCCUCUGUUAUGCAACACAACAAUAUGACCAGUCAAGAAGCUUUGAAUGGUGGAAAUCAACAACGAGACGACGUGGAUGCAAUUAUAUCAGAAGAAGGUGGUAUUCCUUAUUCAAAGAAAGGCAAAAAAGGUGGUGGCAAAAAAAAGAAAAACAAAGAUCGUAUUGAACCCAAAAUCUUUUUUGCCAAUGAACGUACAUUUAUCCAUUGGUUAUACUUUGCAGCUUUAUUAUUGACAACAGCUUUGACUCUUCUCAAUUUUGGUGACAAAACUACAAGAAUCUCUGGUGGUGUUUUCUUUGGUAUUGCCUUUGGUUUUGCUAUCUAUGCUUUCAUUCGUUAUAGAUGGCGUGCUCAUCGUAUCAUCAAUAAACCUACUGAACGUUAUGAUGAUCUUUAUGGUCCUAUUGGUCUAUGCCUUCUUCUUGUUGGUGCUCUUAUAUUGAACUUUGUUUUAGAGUAUCAACGAGCGCCUGAUUCAAAUGGUUAUCUCAACACUGGUCAAAAUGGCACUCUCUCUUAGAUUAUCUUCAUUUCUUAUAUACAUAGCAACCCCUCUUUUUUUUUUUUUUUUUU